UGCCGUAUAUCCGCUCUCUUUCUCCGCCAUUUUAUGUCGCUUUUCUAUUGUUCAUAAUUGAAGUUAGCAGGGGCGGCGGAGCAAUUUACUGCGCAUUAAAACAUUUUUGGAUAUUGCUCAGUGGACAUCAGCAAAAUAGGGUAAAGGAGCAAGAAUCCAAGGUCAUCAUAGAAUACGACACACGUGGAUUUUUCUCUCAGGGUUCGAUCUCAACCUCGGUCGGAAAAUAUGAUGGACGACGAAACACCCAAGACCCUGUAUGUUGGGAACCUGUCCCGGGAUGUGACUGAAGCCCUCAUCAUGCAGCUGUUUGGACAGAUCGGCCCCUGCAAGAGCUGUAAAAUGAUAGUAGACACGGCAGGUAAUGACCCAUACUGCUUUGUGGAGUUCUACGAACACAGGCACGCUGCCUCGUCACUCGCAGCCAUGAAUGGUCGUAAAAUAAUGGGUAAGGAGGUCAAGGUGAACUGGGCCACAACCCCUAGCAGCCAGAAGAAAGACACAAGCAAUCACUUCCAUGUUUUCGUUGGAGACCUCAGUCCUGAAAUCACCACGGAUGACAUCAAGGCUGCUUUCGCCCCCUUUGGGAGGAUAUCUGAUGCUCGGGUGGUGAAAGACAUGGCUACUGGCAAAUCUAAAGGCUAUGGCUUUGUGUCCUUCUUCAACAAAUGGGAUGCAGAGAAUGCCAUCCAACAGAUGGGAGGUCAGUGGUUGGGAGGACGGCAGAUCAGGACUAACUGGGCCACCAGGAAGCCCCCUGCGCCCAAAGCCACCUACGAGACAAACACCAAACACCUGUCGUUUGAAGAGGUUGUGAACCAGUCCAGUCCCAGCAACUGUACCGUCUACUGUGGAGGUGUCACAACAGGCCUCACAGAGCAACUGAUGAGGCAGACCUUCACCCCCUUCGGUCAGAUCAUGGAGAUCCGAGUUUUCCCAGACAAAGGCUACUCAUUUGUGAGGUUCAACUCCCACGAGGGAGCGGCCCACGCCAUAGUGUCAGUGAACGGGACGUCCAUAGAUGGUCACGUGGUGAAGUGUUACUGGGGGAAAGAAACCACAGACAUGGUCAGCCCCAUGCAGCAGGUACAGAUGCCUCAGGUAAGACCACAGCAGAACAAAAUAGGUUUUGCAGCACAGCCCUACGGCCAGUAUGCCCAGUGGUACGGUAACGCCCAGCAGAUUGGCCAAUACGUCCCAAACGGGUGGCAGGUGCCCACCUACGGAGUCUAUGGACAGGCCUGGAACCAGCAGGGAUUCAACCAUUUACAGGCGGGUGCAGGGUGGACAGGCGUGGGAGCCGUCAGUAAUGGUGGUGUGGUGGAGCCUGGACAGGGAGUCAAUGGGACUGUGCUGGCCAACCAGUCCGGCAUGGGCACCGCUGGCUACCACACCCACUGAUCAGCGUUGGCCUGGCGGCUCAGAGUCGGCCUCCUACCCUCCACAACAGGGAUCCUAUACAGGGGGUGGGGGGCCAACAUGUGCCCUGUCUUUUACAACAUGAUUAAGAACUCUAUGACGGGGAGGGGGGGGGUUCCCCUGUCCGUCCCCCCCACCCAACCUGGUUUUUACAUGUAAGUUUUAUGGUGGAGAAGAGGAGGAAACGCUUGUGUGUCAUUGGCGAUAGAGUUGCCCAGUUGCCCAGUCCUGGUAUAUAAGAUACACACGUGUGUGUGUGUGUAUACAGUACCAGUAAAAAGUUUAUUCCAGUGUUUUUCUUUAUUUGUACUAUUUUCUAGAUUGUAGAAUAAUAGUAAAGACAUCAAAACUAUGAAAAAACACGCA